AUGAGGAAUAAUAAUAGUUUAAUCUCAAUAAUAAUUUUUAUAUUAUUUUCAAUUUUCUUAUCAACAAACGAAAUUAAUGCAGAUGAUAAUUGUUCAACAUUAAAACAGGCAAUUUUAUUUUAUAAAGCACAACGUGCUGGAAGAUUACCAGAUAAAGAUAUAUCAUGGAGAGGUGAUUCAGUUUUAACAGAUGCAAGUCCAGGAUCAUCAUUUGAUUCAAAUGGAGAUGGUGAUCUUUCAAAGGGUUAUUUUGAUGCCGGUGAUGGUGUAAAAUUUGGUUUACCAAUGAGUUGGACAAUGACAAUGUUAGGAUGGAAUUUCAUUGAAUAUUCAUCAAAUAUUGAAUCAUGCGGUUUAACCGAUUUAUAUUUAAAUGUUUUAAAAUGGGGUACAGAUUAUAUAUUGGCAUCACAUUUAAGUGAUAAUGUUUUGGUAGCUCAAGUUGGUGAUGGAAAUGUUGACCAUAGUGUAUGGCAGCCACCAGAAUUCAUUAAUUAUGUACGUCCAGUGUUUUUAAUUAAUUCAAGUUAUCCAGGAACUGAAUUAGCAAUGGAAGCAGCAUCAGCAUUGGCAGCAGCAUCAAUUGCAUUCAAAUCAAGUAAUCCAUCAUAUGCAUCCACUUGUUUAUCACAUGCCAAAGCAUUACAUAACUUUGGUAACACAUAUCAAGGUUCAUACUCAGUUUCAGUUCCACAGGCAUCUGCAUUCUAUAAUUCAUAUUCUGGCUAUACCGAUGAAUUAGUAUGGGGUAGCGUUUGGUUAUACAAGGCAACUGGUGACUCUAGUUAUUUAACAUUGGCUGAGAAUUACUAUACCACUAAUAAUGUUGGUUAUGCAGGUACUUCAAAUUCAUUCGAUUGGGAUCAAACUGCCACCGGCUCAUCUCUAUUACUUUAUAAAUUGACUGGAAAAGAAUUCUAUAAACAAAUGGUGGACCAAACACUAAGCUAUUGGUCAAAAGGUGGCGGUAUAACUUAUACUCCAGGUGGUUUAGCUUGGAUUAGAGAGUGGGGUCCAUGUAGAUACGCAAUGUCAAUGGCAUUCCUUGCAACAGUGUAUGGUACUGAUUCAUCAUUACAAUUUGCCCAAAAUCAAUUAAGUUAUGUACUUGGUGAUAAAACUGGUCAAUCAUUUGUUGUUGGUUUAGGUUCAAAUCAUCCAAUUAAUCCACAUCAUAGAGCUGCCCAUCAUUCAACUACUAAUGAUAUUAAUAAUCCUGUAAAUAAUUUAUAUAUGUUAUAUGGUGCAUUAGUUGGUGGUCCUGGAAGUGAUGAUUCUUAUGUUGAUGAUCGUUCAGAUUAUACAAAGAAUGAGGUAGCACUUGAUUAUAAUGCUGGUUUCGUUGGUACUUUAUCUUAUUUUGCAAAAGGUUCUUCAUCCUCAACUACUACCACUUCAACUACAACGUCAAAUCCAACAUCUACAACAUCAACUACAACUUCAAAUCCAACUCCUACCACAUCAACUACAACUUCAAAUCCAACUUCCACAUCAACCACCACUUCAAAUCCAACCUCUACUUCAACCACAACUUCAAAUCCAACUACAACUACAACCACAACUUCAAAUCCAACCUCAACCUCAACUACAACUUCAAAUCCAACUACAACUACAACCACAACUUCAAAUCCAACUACAAUUACAACUUCAACAAACCCAACUACAACAUCCACUCCUGCCACAACAACAACAUCUACUUCAACCACAACUUCAUCAGGAGAUGGUACCACAACAAGUGAGACAACAACAGGAGAUUUGGUGACAUCCGGAGAUUCUAACGUAACACCAACUGUUCAACCAACAUCUAGUUCAUCAACUUCUUCAGGAACUUCAACUGGAACUUCAACUGGAACUUCAACUGGAACUUCAACUGGAGCCCCAACUGGAACUUCAACUGGAAAUAGCCAAAAUCCUCCUGGAGUCGAAAAAGAUGGUAGUUCAAGUGACGCACUCAGUUUGGGUGAUAUCAUCCCACUUUCAAUCAUUACAUUAUUCAUUUUAUCAUCAAUUCAUCUCUUAUUAAACAAUUAA